CCGCCCUCGCUCCCGCCCUCAUGGACUUCCUCAAUGCGCAUGCGCAGUGGGCCACAGAGCCGCCAUGCCGGAACCGCGGGGAUCGUCGCAGUUGCGGGUGAACGCGGCGUUUGCCGCGCGGUACAACCGCUACCGGGAGCGCGAAGAACUGCAGCGGCUGAAGGAUCGCUACGGGGACCGGGACAGCGGCGGCGACUCUAGCUCCGAGUCGGACUCCAGUGACGAGCGCGUGGAAUUUGACCCCCAGCAGGAGCGGGACUUUUACAGAACGCUCUCCUUGUUGAAGAAGAAGGACCCCCGCAUUUAUCAGAAAGAUGCCACCUUCUAUCAGAGAACAGCAUCGUCAUCAGACAGCGAGGAGGAGCCAGCAGCUUCGGAGAAGCAGAAAAAAGUACGGCCCAUGUACCUGAAGGACUACGAGAGGAAGGUCAUCCUGGAAAAGGAAGGCAAAUAUGUUGACGAGGAGAACUCAGAUGGGGAGACUUCCAAUCACAGACUCCAGCGGACCUUGUCACAAAGUUAUGUGGAGGAACAGAAACAGCUCAAGGAAAGCUUCCGGGCAUUUGUGGAGGACAGUGAGGACGACGACAGCGCUGGGGAGGGCGGCUCUGGUUUGCUGCAGAAACGUGCCAAAACCAGGCAGGAGACGGCCCAGGAGGAGGCCGACUACAUUGAGUGGCUGAAGGGGCAGAAAGAGAUUCGGAACCCAGAGUCCCUGAAGGAACUGACCCAUCUCAAGGAAUACUGGAACGACCCUGAGUUGGAUGAAGGGGAGCAGUUCCUUCGGGAUUACAUCCUCAACAAACGCUACGAGGAGGAGGAAGAUGAGGAAGAGGAGGGGGUCUCCGGUCCCCCAGUCCAGCUGGUUGUGGACGACUCCUCAGACGAGGGGGAGCUGUUUCUUAAGAAGCAGGAAGACUUCGAACACAAGUACAAUUUCCGCUUCGAGGAGCCGGACUCGGCAUCGGUCAAGACCUACCCACGCAGCAUUGCGUCCUCUGUGCGCCGUAAGGAUGAGCGCAGGAAGGAGAAGAGGGAAGAGACUCGGGAGCGCAAGAAGAGGGAGAAAGCAAAGAAGCGGGAAGAGCUCAAGCAGCUGAAGAACCUGAAAAGGAAGGAGAUUCUGGCCAAGCUGGAGAAGCUGCGGAAAGUCACAGGCAACGAGACACUGGGGCUCGAGGAGAGGGACCUUGAGGAUGACUUCGACCCAGCCCAGCACGACCAGCUCAUGGAGAAGUGCUUCGGGGACGAGUACUACAAGGCAAUGGAGGAGGAGAAGCCGCAAUUUGAGGAAGAGGAAGGUCUUGAAGAUGACUGGAACUGGGACACGUGGCAUGGGCCUGAGCAGGAUGGAGACUGGAGCCAGCGGGAGCUGCAUUGUGAGGACCCCGACUUCAACAUGGACGCCGACUAUGACCCCAGCCAGCUGAGGAAGGAAAAGCACAAGGCCCCCUUGACGGGCAAGAAGAAGCGCAAGUCACCCUUCGCUGCAGCCGUGGGACAGGAGAAGCCCGUGUUCGAACCCGGGGACAGGACGUUCGAGGAGUACCUGGAUGAGUAUUACCGGCUGGACUACGAGGACAUCAUCGACGACCUACCCUGUCGCUUCAAGUACCGCACCGUGGUGCCCUGCGACUUUGGCCUCAGCACUGAGGAGAUCCUCGCUGCUGACGAUAAGGAGCUCAACCGGUGGUGCUCUCUGAAGAAGACCUGCAUGUACAGGUCGGAGCAGGAGGAGCUGCGGGAUAAGCGGGCAUACAGCCAGAAGGCCCAGAACUCAUGGAAAAAGCAGCAGAUCUUCAAGUCACUCUGCCAGGAAGAGACAGAGACGCCCACGGAAGCCACAGGGAAGCCACAGAGAGACGAGGCUGGCCCACAGAAGCGGCUGGCAGCGCUUGAUGGGGCUGGUAGGAAGUGGUCCUGGCCAGAGAGUCUCCCAGCACAGGAAGAGGAGGCCCCUGUGUUACCCCCGGAGAAGCUAGCCCUGCAGAGGCGGAGGAGGGCCAAGAAGGCACGGCUGCUGGGUCCCACUGUGACGCUUGGUGGGCGCGAGUUCAGCCGCCAGAGACUGCAGGCCUUUGGCCUCAACCCCAAACGGCUGCACUUCCGCCAGCUGGGCCGGCAGCGGAGGAAACAGCAGGGGCCCAAGAGCAGCUCCUGAGCCCCAGGGAGCAGGCAGAGGUCUCUGGCUCCUCCCCUCCAGUCAAGCCCUGGACAGGUCUCGCACCCACAAAUACUAUCUGCUGUAGAGAACCUCACAUCUAUGGCCAAGCAUGCAGCUCACGCCUGUAAUCCCAGCACUUAGGGAGGCCGAGGUGAAAGGAUCACUUGAGCCCAGGAAUUCGAGACAAGCCUGGGCAACAUGUCAAGACUCCAUCUCUACAAAAUGGUGGCACGUGCCUGUAGUCCUAGCUACUCAGGAGGCUGGGGAAGGAGGAUUGUUUGAUUGAGGCUACAGUGAGCUGUAUGAUUGCACCUCUGUACUCCAGCCUGGGCAACAAAGCAAGACCCUGUCUCUUAAAGAAGCACGUGUAGCUGCGGGUAAGGAAGUUGUCCCAUUUUAUGGACGUGGACACUGAGGCUGACUUAAACUUCUCAAGUGACUUGGAACUCUCACCUCAAGAUACUUCCCAGACCUCACAACCCCUGAGAAUGCUGCGCCCAGCCACAGCCAUGAUCAGGUCACACAGCUUUAUUGGCCCCCAGCAGCCAGUUUCCCUAUGGUGGCUUUGGGACAGGGAGGGCCCGGGCGUCCAGUGCAAACUACAGUACUUGAGUCAGGUCCUGAGGGAGUUGCCCAGGGUCCUCCCUGCCCUGCCAGGAGGGCGCCACUGGUGGGAGACAGGUGCAUGGGCUCUGUCCCUGACUGGUCACAGCUGGGCUUGUUGAGGGGGUGAGAGAGGAAGUACCAUCAUUGCCAGAGCUCAAGAUCCCACACCUGACAUGACAUAAAUAAAAAAAUAAAUAGUGUUGCAUCUUU